AUGGCUGAUUCAACAAGAUCCCAAAAGCAUGGCUCAAAGCCCGUAUCUUCAUCAAAACCCGAUUCUCAGUCCAAAUCCAAAAAGCCUUCCUCAGGCGCAAAGCCUGCUACCCAUGCCAAAGAUGCUGAAAAGCAGUCGCUUCCAAAAUCUUCAAAGUCUAAAUCAAAGAAGAACGAUAUUACUGCUGAAAAUGCAGAUGUUGAAUCCAUAACACCUACCGGCGACGCGAAGGACAAGAGUGCUGCUGUUACACUCGCUGUCGCAGCUCCUGCGAAGCCAUCGAAGGAACGGAAGGAUAAGCGAUUCGUCGACUUGACACCUGAUGCGAAGCAGGCUAAGCGUCGCGAAGAGCGUCAAAGGAAGAGGAAGGCUUUGGAAGGCACCAAUGCCGUUGCUCUCACCAUUUCGGAACCGGUUGACGGUGAAAACGCUGCUCUUGCUACAGUCGAUAAGGAGGAUACGAUUAUCCUAGCUGCUCCUCUAUCAAAAUCCUUAAAACCGACAGAGAAACCCUCUCUUCGGCUCAAACGGGAAAAAAAAGAAACUCUCAAAGCUAGGGAAUGGAAGGUCUCUCAACCAAUUGGUGGCCGCUAUAGCACAAACAACGUCGUCUUCUCCACAGACGAGAAAUACAUCCUACUGGCUCAGGGCCCCUCCCUCAAGGUAUUCUCCACUAAAACCUCUCUUUUAUACCGAACCCUCCAGCACCUUCGCCCUCCACCGACUCAAUUCCCUUAUUCGCCUGAUGGGAACUACUCCUCAAUCGCGAAUUACACCCUCGACCUCGCCAAUUCUUCCCAAGUCUACAUAAUCCUCUUCAACGGUGAUCUCCUCCUCUGGGACUACACCGAGGGUACAAUCGAAGGAUAUUGGAAGACAGACCUUUGCCAAGGUCAAUACCUCGCCUGGUGUGGUCUUCGCGCCCUUCCGUCUACUACGGACUCAAAGGAAACGACUCUAUGGACUUAUCACGAACACUCACUCCGCGACUUCUCAAGGAAAACAGUCCGUGAAAUCAGAGCGUUAACUAUUCCCACCCCUUCUGUAACUGAGGAACCAGUGGUGAUACCUUCUCGUCUAAUACUCAGCAUCGACGAAUCUCGCCCUCGUCAUCUCGCUAUCAUUGACCCAAACACCUUUGUUGUCGACUCAGGCGACAGUUUCUACGUCGGAAACCGCCAACGUACUACCACUGCAACUGAGAUCACACCAGACGUCGUCACCAAUGCUCCAGAAUGGCGAAUCAGAAAAAUCUCCACUCCGGGGAAAAUCAUGACCAUCGAUGCCACCAUUCGUCAUAAGAAAUCCGGUACAAUUCAAGGCGACGUCGCUGUGGGCCAUAACACUGGCCAAAUCUUCGUUUAUCACGACGUCUUAAAUUCAGCUUCGUCUACCAAAAUCGUGAAGUCGAAACUGCAUUGGCACAGAACUGGCGUUGGUUGCAUCAAAUACUCAAAAGAUGGCACCUACCUAAUAUCUGGUGGUCGCGAAACCGUUCUCGUCCUCUGGCAACUCUCCACCUCAUCCCGCCAAACCCUUCCUAAUUUAGGCGCCGACAUCAAGACUAUAGUCCUCUCCCCAACCGGCUCGACCUACGCUCUAAUCCUAGCCGAUAAUAGCAUCCUCACCAUUUCAACUACGGAACUCAAACCCACUGCUUCAAUAAGCGGCAUUCAAUCCCGAGUCUUCCUUCGCGAAGAAUACCAAAAAAUCUACGGGAAAGGUGGAAAGAUCUCAAAAACACAACGGAAAACUGAAACAGAGGCUACAACUAGCUGGAGAAUCCCGGUCCUGAAGCAUCCAUGGAACGAUAUGCAGAUCUUGUUAGCGGCACCCGCGAGUCAGAAAGGGGAGAGUUCAUACCCUUAUCUGCAAACCUUUGACUUGGCCCAGGAUAGAGGGGUUGCGCGACAAGCGAUCACACGGACGUUGGUAUCCAUGAAAAACGUAGACCCAGAAGGUGGGAAGGUCAAAGAGCCUAAUGUACGAUUUUUGGGUAUCUCUGGGGAUGGAGAGUGGUUGGCUAGUGUAGAUGAAUGGGCAGCCCCCGCCAGAGACUUUGUGGACCCUGGAGCACCGCAACCAGCGCUCGCAGAGCGAAUUGGGAAGGAAGUUGUCCUGAGGUUUUGGAGAUGGAGUGGAGUUUCUUCAGCCUCUUCCUCCUCAGCUGCAAUAGGGAGUGCAAGCGGGAAAGGAAGCUGGGAGUUGAUCAGUAUGAUCGAAAGUCCGCAUGGCGUAUUGGAUAACGGAAGCGCGGGGGAUGUAGCCGACCUUACCGGCUCACCUAAAGGCGCCAUGUUUGCCUCCGUGGGAGGAGAUGGAACGAUCAAAAUCUGGGGGAAGAGAACACGAACCCGAGCCGGUGUCAAAGUCGAGAAAGAUGACAUGGUGGUAUGGAACUGCAGAAGGAACCUAGAGCUAUUCAAGAGCUCACCCAAUGUUAUCCAAGACGGAAGACUGGCAUAUUCUGGUGACGGCAGCGUGGUCGCAGUAUCUUACGCCGACGCAGACGAUGAAGUUGUUACCAUCAUUGAUCCAGUAGAAGGAGUUGUUAAACAGGAGAUUGGAAGUUUACAAACUGGACGAAUCUUCGCUCUGACUUUCGUCGGAAGAUAUUUGGUCAUCGGUGGAGCGGAGAGGGUGGUGAUUUGGAAUCUUGUUAGUGGCGUUGCAGAAUGGGGCAGUGAAUUGAAGCCGUUGGUAGGAAAAGGAGCAUAUCUACAAGGCGAUAACUUUGUACCAAACAUCCAUUUAGCUGGGUGCGAAGCGCAGGGUACCUUUGCUAUCUCCGUGAACUACCCAUUGUUCGAUGAUGAUAAGAAGAAGGGCCGGGGCCUUGAGGAUUUGACGAGGGCAGGGAAUACAGCUAGUAUGGUCAGCGUCUUUGAGGUUGAAGGAUUUGGGGUUUUAAGCAGGAAGAGGGCUGAUAAUGGAGUACUGGCCUUGGAGGCGGCGAACAACGGGAAAGGCGGGCAAGGAUAUUUCUGGUUGGAUGGGGCAGCGAACGUAUAUUUCAUGAGUAGUGGUGGGGUUGUUAGCGGUGGUGCUGGAGCCGGUGGCGCUGUGAAUAGUGGAUAUCUUGAGGACAUCGAUGGGGUCGGUGGGCUCGCCAAUGCCUUCUUAGAGAAGGCGGUGAUCGAAGAGGAGGAAACCCUUGAAACAGGUGAAGAAGGAGGGGAUGAGAAAGUGGUCAGAAGCCACAUGUUAUCCAAGUUGUUCCCUGCGCCUGCGUACGCCAGUCCUGCGGUUGGAGAUGUCUUCGGACGGUUUAUGGAGAUUGUGGGGCAGAAGGCUUUGGAUUUACCUAAGUCUUCUGCUAAUGCACGAACAACGACAUUGGGAGGGGAGAUGGAGGUCAAGUUAAUUGAGGAUGAUGAAGAAGGGAGUGAUGACGAGUUCGAGGAUGCACAUGAUGGCGACGCAGAUGUGUCCAUGCAAGAUGUCUCGAAGGAUGCCUACGCUGACUUACCAGCUAGGGACUUCGAUGUCAUUAUUGAUGAGGCUUGA